GACUAUAGAAAAAGCUGUUGUGUCUCUGUUACAACCAAUCAAAAUCCGUGGUGGUUGAGGCAACGCGAGCUUUCCGCCUAAUUUCGCCAAUCACAAUCACUAUUGCCUGGGGUCUGGACGCGCCCUUGAGGCGGGCCCUUAGGCUAAUACGUCCUGCCAUUGGCUGGUCCUAGAUUUCCCCACCUUGCGGCGUUCGGCCUUUGAAUGACCCAAUGCUCCCUCCCUGAAGUUCCCUUAUUGGACCCUGCACUCGUGCCGGUCGAAUGUUGCGUUUCCAAUUCAUACGUUGGAAAAGGUAAAAUUUCAAGAAGCUGUUUUGGUUUAAUUACGCCAAACUCCGGCCAAAAGCGAUGAACAGAAAACUCCUGUUUCCGCUGGAACCUGCCCCAAAUCCAGCAGGCUAGCGGCGUCUGAAAACUCUGGCGUCUGAGGAGUCCGGCUGACUGAUCCCCCUCCCGAGUCUGGCGCUUGACUCCGCAUCUGGUGCUAUUGAUCAAAAUAAGUCUCCAGACCCAGGUUUAUCAUCGCCUACCGCCCCCCCUCAAAUAAAAAAAUUGGAAGUGCGAAGCUCUGUCAAGGAGGUCACCAACGUGGAAAGAUCGCAGACUUCGGUGGGACGCGGUCGAAAAGCAGCCAGCCCGAGGCGGCGCCAGGCCUCCCGGAGCACGCUCUGACGGAGAACCUGAGCCCCGAGAGGGGUCGGCCCUCGAGACUCGGAGGACGCCGGGCCUUGGAGCCAGGGAAGAUGCCUUCCUUCCUUCCUCUGGGAAAGACGGGAGGAACUUUCUUCUGCUGGAGCUCUUCGUGGCUCGGGAGACAAAGGCGAGCGUGACCGGGUUCUUUGGGGACGGGGAGAGGGGGAGAAGAUAGGGAAGAAGGGAAAAGACUCCUAGUUCUUCAGAACCUAACACCAAGUAUUACAGAUGAUUCCAUCCGUCCAGUUCUCCAAUGGAAAGCUACAGAAUCCAGGCAACAUGCGCUUUACCUUGUACAAGAGCAGCGACUCCACGAACCCCAGGAAGAGGAGUCAACGGAUCCUGGCAGCUGAAACAGACAGACUUUCCUAUGUGGGAAACAAUUUUGGGACAGGAGCUCUUAAAUGCAACACACUGUGCAGGCACUUUGUGGGAAUUUUGAACAAGACCUCUGGUCAAAUGGAAGUAUAUGAUGCUGAAUUGUUCAACAUGCAGCCACUGUUUUCAGAUGAAUCAGUUGAGCGUGACCUGACACUAGAAAGUCAGACCAAAACUUUCAGAGAAAAGAUGGAUGCUUGCAUUGAAGCCUUUGGUACCACCAAACAGAAGCGCGCUCUGAACUCCAGGAGAAUGAACAGAGUUGGUGAUGAAUCUUUGAAUCGUGCAGUGGCUAAAGCCGCAGAGAGUAUCAUUGAUACAAAGGGUGUGAAUGCUCUGCUCAGUGAUGCCGUGCAGGACGAGAUGCAGGAUGACUCCCUCUACCUUCCACCCUGCUAUGCGGAUGCAGCCAAGCCUGAAGAAGUGUAUAGGUUUGAAGAUCUUCUUUCCCCAGCGGAGUAUGAAGCUCUUCAGAGCCCAUCUGAGGCUUUUAGGAAUGUCACAUCAGAAGAAAUACUGAAGAUGAUGGAGGAGAACAGCCACUGCUCCUUUGUCAUAGAAGCAUUGAAGUCUUUGCCAUCAAAUGAGGAGAGCCGAGACCACCAGGCCCGAUGCAUAUGGUUUCUAGACACCCUCAUCAAAUUUCGAGCCCAGAAAGUGAUUAAGCGGAAGAGUGCCCUGGGACCUGGCAUUCCACACAUCAUCAAUACCAAACUGCUGAAGAACUUUACCUGUUUGACUUACAACAAUGGCAGUUUGCGGAACUUAAUUUCAGAUUCUAUGAAGGCAAAGAUCACUGCUUAUGUAAUCAUACUAGCCUUACACAUAAAUGACUUCCAGAUCGACCUGACAAUGUUACAAAGAGACUUGAAGCUCAGUGAAAAAAGGAUGAUUGAGAUAGCAAAAGCCAUGAGGCUGAAGAUCUCGAAAAGAAAGGUGUCUCUGGCAGCCGGCAGGGAAGAAGACCACAAGCUGGGCACCCUUUCCAUCCCGCUGCCUCCACCCCAGACUUCGGAUCGCCAGUCAAAGCGGAGGAAGAUUACCUAG